GGGAUUUGGCUGCUUUUUCCGACAAUAUGAUAAAGCAGCCUCGCACUUCUUUUGCGAGCUCAGUAUCGAUCGUCUUCUUCUACUUCUCUCAAACAAUCUGCAGAUUUUAGGGCUUUGAAAAAAUGUCUACAGAGAAGGUCAAAAACAAGCGGAUCACUCUCAAGGACUACGUGACAGGGUACCCAAAGGAGGAGGACCUACUUCUCGGCUCCUCCGACCUCGAGCUCAAAGUUCCGACCGGCUCUAAUGCCGUUCUCCUCAAGAAUCUCUACCUCUCUUGCGACCCGUACAUGCGGGGAAAAAUGUCGAAGCCCCUCGUCAAGAGCUACACUGAUGCUUUCACUCCCGGAUCUGUGAGUGCUAUUCCAUGCUCGUAUUCUUUCUUUCUUUUUUUAAUUUUAUUUAUGUCAAGAAUUCGUUGUCUAGUUGGAUUUUAUUUUGUGAAGGCUGCUGACCUUUGUUCAGCUGGUUUAAAUUGGGAUUUUGUGAUGCGGAUGUGAAGCAGCGGAUUAGAGGGUUUUGUAUUCUUUGGUUUGAUUGGAAAUAAUUUAUUUCCGUGUAAAUAUGUUGACAUAAUCAAUUCUUCUUACAAUA